AUGGUCAAGCGCAAGAGGCCCGACGCGGCCAAAGACGACAAACCCGCCACCCCUUCCUCCAAGGCCGUCAAAGCCACGGCCACCGCGACAGAAGCUCCCGAUGUAGCUCUGCGCCUGCAGAUCGUCACGGGUUCCUACGAGCGAGUCUUGCACGGAUUCACGGCCGGUAUUCCUGCCUCAUGCCUGGGGUCCGCCAAACCUGACCCAUCGUCGGUCCAAUGUGUGGACUCGUUCCUGUUCGAGGCGCAUGGAUCCGCCAUUCGCUGUCUGGCGCUGUCACCACCACCCAAGGCCACGGACACUGCCGAAGCCCCCAAGGUCAUCUUGGCCAGCGCGCAUCAAUCUCUACUCCCUGUCGGCCGCACCCCCGCUGUGAACGACGAAUAUCCCUCGGUGCCGACCUUGGCCGGAAACAAAAUUCUCGAAAACCCGAAGAACCGCGAGCUGGGGUCGUUGCUGCACCAUUCGGCCAGCAUCUCGGCUUUGGUAUUCCCGUCGCGCAGCAAACUGUUGGCUGCGGCGGAAGACAAUACCAUCUCAGUGUCCAAAACCCGUGAUUGGACUGUCGUCUCGACGAUCAAGGCCCCGGGUCCCAAGGUGCAGGGCAGACCCAGUGGUGACACAGCACCUCCUGGUGCGGCGCCGUCUGGAGUCAAUCAUUUUGCAGUACAUCCGAGCAUGAAGUUGAUGCUGAGCGUAGGGAGAGGAGAGAGGUGCAUGCGGCUGUGGAAUCUGGUGACGGGCAAGAAGGCCGGUGUGUUGAAUUUUGGCCGAGAGGUGCUACAGAGUGUCAAGGAGAGCAGAUGGAGCAGCGGUGAAGGCCGGCGGAUUGCAUGGAAUCCCGAAGGAGAGAAUUUUGCCGUUGCCUUUGAAUGGGGUGCGAUGGUGUUUGGAAUUGACUCGACACCAAAGUGCCGCGUCCUGCCCAGUCCUAGGAGCAAGCUGCACCAGAUGAAAUACAUCUCCUUGGGAGAGGGCAAGACGGACGAGCUGCUUGCCGUGUCCACGGAGGAUGGCCGAUUAAUCUUCUAUUCGACUAAGGUGCUCCAGAAGGCGGAAGAGGAUGAUGAGGCUCCGAUUCCGUACGCGACUGCGGUUGCUCAGAUUGGUGGGAAACAGGCUGGCCUCCCCGGGCGCAUCAAAGACUUUGAGAUUCUGAGUCUGGGCGGGCAGCCGAAAGAAUUCCAUGACAACCUCUUGGUGGUGACUGGCAACAGUGACGGGGUGGUGCGCAUCUGGAAGAUCACCGGCAAAGAGCUGGCGGCAAAAUCAUCCGCCGACCAGACUCGCCAGGUCGGAGAUCUCUUGACGACCUAUGAAACGGGCAAUCGCAUUACUUGUCUGGCAUCUUUUAUCAUGCUGCCAGCCGAGGAUCCAUCCACUCUGCUGGACUCGGAGGCGGAUGAAGAGGAAGAGGAAGAGGUAGAGUCAAGCAGCGACGAGAGCGAUGAGGAAUAG